AUGGCCUUCUGGACGCAGCUGCUGCUGCUGCUUUGGAAUAAUUUCCUGUACCGCAGGAGGCAGCCGAUGCAGCUCUUGGUGGAGCUGAUGUGGCCAAUCUUUCUCUUCUUCAUCCUGGUGGCCGUACGCCAUUCCCACCCCCCACUCGAGCAGCAUGAAUGCGAGAAGCCCACGUCCGGCGUCCCCGCAGGCCAUUUCCCCAACAAGCCGCUGCCGUCAGCGGGUACCGUCCCUUGGCUCCAGGGCCUCAUCUGCAACGUGAACAACACCUGCUUCCCACGGCCCACGCCUGCCGAGGAGCCUGGCGUUCUCAGCAACUUCAGGACUCCCUGGUCUCCCGGCUCCUGGCAGAUGCCCCCGCUGUUCUGGGGGGGCCCCAGGGCCCACAGGAUGCUGGCUAGCCUGAGGCAGCUGAUGCCCACGCUGAGGGCUGCACGUGGAGCAGGAGCAGCCUGGCGUCGGCUGAGUGACCAGCCCAAGGAGGGACCGUCCCUGGCCACUGAGCUGCUGAGGACACUGCUGCAAGGGGAAUCCCUGGUGUUUGUGCUGGGCCAGGCCCAGGAGUCCUUAGACAGCCUUGUGGAAGCAGCAAAAGACCUGGCCCAGGAGGUAAGAGGCCCGUGCAGCCUCUACCCCAACCAGGAAACUGGAAGGGUGGGCUGCCUGGAAGGGGAGGUGACAGGGCAGCCCCAGGCACCUAUCCUCACUCCUGGCGCCGCCGGCCUGGUGGAGCUGUGGGUGCUGCUGUGGAGACUCCAAGGGCCAGGUGGCCCCCUGGAGGCGGUGGCAGAAGCCCUGUGCAGUGCCAGGGGGCCCAGCAAGCCGGGCGGGCCCUCCCUCACCUGGUACGAGGCCAGUGACCUGAAGGAGCUGGUGGGGCAGGAGCCGGUGCGGGCCCUGCCACACCACAGCCUGAUCUCCACCCGCACUGAGCUGAUGGGGGCCCUGGACGCCCACCCCCUGUCCCGCCGGCUCUGGGGGCGCCUGAAGCCGCUGGUCCUGGGGAAAGUAGUGUUCAGCUCACGGCCCAGAGGCUCCUGCAGAUCAAAGGAAGAUGGCAGCCAGGAGCUGCAGGCCAGGACCUGGGGGAGGCAGGCUCUUCGUGCCUUUCUGAACCCCCGAAGUGGUGGCUGCAGCUGGCAGGAGGCCCAUGCUGAUGGGGGACACCUGGUGGGCACACUGGGCCGUGUGAUGGAGUGCGUGACUCUGGACAAGCUGGAGGCUGCGCCCUCAGAGGCUGCCCUGGUGGAGCGGGCCCUGGAGCUGCUCUCCGAGCACCGUUUCUGGGCCGGCAUCGUCCUCCUGGAGCCUGAGGACUUCCCGGACUCCUCGCAGUCCCCAUGCCCUGGCCAUGCGCGCAUCAAGAUCGCAUUUUGGGACCCCGGUCCGGCUGCUGACCCGCUGAUGGACCUGCGCUACGUGUGGGGCGGCUUCAUGUACCUGCAGGACCUGCUGGAGCGUGCAGCCAUGCGCGUGCUCACUGGAGCCGCGCCCCGCGCCGGCCUCUACCUGCAGCAGAUGCCCUACCUGUGCUACGUGAACGACGCGUUCCUGACGAUGACCUGGAUCUACUCGGUGGCGCUGACCGUGAAGGCUGUGGUGCGUGAGAAGGAGACGCGGCUGCGCUGCACGAUGCACGCCAUGGGGCUCAGUGGCGCCCUCGGGGACAUCCUCCCCUACAGCCACGCGGUGGUGCUCUUCCUGUUCUUGGCGGCUUUCAAGGUGGCCACGGUGGUCCAGAGCUUCUUGCUGAGCGCCUUCUUCUCCCGAGCCAACCUGGUAGCCGCCUGCGAGGGCCUCGCCUACUUCGUGCUCUAUCUGCCCUACGUGCUGUGCGUGGCCUGGUUGGACCAACUGCCCGUGGGCGGCCGUGUGGCCGCGAGCCUUCUGUUGCCCGUGGCCUUCGGCUUCGGCUGCGAGAGCCUGGAACUGCUGGAGGAGCAGGGCGAGGGUGCGCAGUGGCACAACGUCUCGGGUCUUCUGCUGCUCGACGCUGCGCUCUAUGGCCUCGCCACUCGGUACCUGGCGGCCGUGUGCCCAGGUGGGCCGCGAGUACGGGAGAUCCCUGAACCGUGGAACUUUACUUUUCGGAGGAGCUACUGGUUUGGGCCUCAGACCCCCAAGGGCCCCGCCCCGCCCCCUGCCCCACAGGACCCCAAGGUGCUGGUGGAAGAGGCGCCCCCUGGCCUGAUUCCAGGGGUCUCCAUACGGAGCCUGGAAAAGCGCUUUCCUGGCAACCCGCAGCCGGCCCUGCACGGGCUCAGCCUGGACUUCUACCAGGGCCUCAUUACCGCCUUCCUGGGCCACAAUGGGGCUGGCAAGACGACCAUGCUGUCCAUCCUGAGCGGCCUCUUCCCACCCACUGCUGGCUCUGCCUGUGUCCUGGGUCACGAUGUCCGAUCCAACAUGGCAGCCAUCCAGCCCCACCUGGGAGUCUGCCCACAGUACAGUGUGCUGUUUGACAUGCUGACCAUGGAUGAGCACGUCUGGUUCUAUGAGUGGUUAAAGGGUCUGAGUGCAGCUGCCGUGGGCCCUGAGCAGGACCGUGGGAUGCAGCAGAAGCUUUCAGUGGCCAUUGCCUUUGUGGGUGGCUCCCAAGUCAUUAUCCUGGAUGAGCCCACAGCUGGUGUGGACCCUGCUUCCCGUCGAGACAUUCGGGAGCUGCUGCUCAAAUACCAUGAUGAUCGCACAUUGAUCCUCUCCACCUGCCACCUGGAUGAGGCAGAGCUGUCGGGAGACCAUGUGGCAGUGGUGGCGGGCGGCCGCUUGUGCUGCUGUGGCUCCCCGCUCUUCCUGCAGCGUCACUUGGGCUCCAGAUACUACCUGACACUGGUGAAGGGUCCCCCAGCCCCGGCCACCAGCAAAAAGGGUGACACUGACUUGAAGGACAACAUGAAUCCUGGGCAGGAAAGGGAGCCAGGCAGCCAGGCCAGCACUGCCGGUGUGGCCCAGCUGCUGGCCCUGGUGCAGAGCCACGUGCCUGGGGCACGGCUGGUCAAAGAGCUGCCACAUGAGCUGGUGCUGGCGCUGCCCUACCAGGGCGCCCUGGACGGUAGCUUCCCUGAGCUCUUCCGCAAGCUGGACCAGCGGUUGGGGGAGCUGGGACUGGCCGGCUUCGGGAUCUCCGACACCAGCCUGGAGGAGGUGUGGCUCCUGGGGGAGAUCUUCCUGAAGGUGGUGGAGGACUGUGCUGUGGACACAGGCCCAGAGGGUGCAGCCGCAGAUGGUAGGCCCAGGCGGCACCCAUGCUCAGGCGUUGCUCAUCUGGACGCGACUGCAAGGCUCCAGAUUCCGCCAGAGGAGUCAGCCCUGGAGAAUGGGGGGCCGGUGGGAUCUGCUCCUGAGACACAGGCCUUGCAGGGCUCUGGGCCAGACGCCGCAGGCCAUGUACAAGGCUGGGCGCUGACCCACCAGCAGCUCCGGGCCUUGCUUCUCAAGCGCUUCCUGCUUGCCCGCUGCAGCCACCGUGGCCUGUUCGCACAGAUUGUGCUGCCUGCCCUCUUCGUGGGCUUGGCACUGGUGUUUAGUCUCAUUAUGCCUCCUUUCAGAUACUACCCGGCUCUGCAGCUCAGUCCCAGCAUGUACGGCGCCCAAGUGUCCUUCUUCAGCGAGGAUGCCCCAGGGCACCCUGAACGUGCCCGCCUGCUCGAGGCGCUGCUGGAAGAGGCCGGAUUGGAGGAGACUUACCUGAAAAAUAACUCCAACAGGGCACCUGAGUGCACACAGCCUGCCGUCUGCCAGUUCUCGGUGCCCGAGGUUCCUGUAGAUGUGGCUAAGGUCUUGGCCAACGGCAACUGGACUCUGGAGUCUCCGUCCCCUGCCUGCCAGUGCAGCCAGCCUGGUGCCCACAGCCUGCUGCCCGACUGUCCUGCUGCGGCCGGCGGCCCCCCGCCUCCCCAGGCACCGACCAGCUCGGGCGAAGUGGUCCAGAACCUAACAGGCCGGAACCUGUCUGACUUCCUGGUCAAGACCUACCCACGCCUGGUGCGCCAGGGCCUGAAGACCAAGAAGUGGGUGAACGAGGUCAGGUAUGGGGGUUUCUCCCUGGGGGGCCGAGACCCGGGCCUGCCCUCGGGGCUUGAGGUGGGCCGCUCUGUGGAGGAGCUGUGGGCACUGCUGAGCCCCCAACUGGGCGGGGCCCUUGACCGCAUCCUGAACAAUUUCACAGCUUGGGCUCUUGGUCUGGACACUCAGAAGGGCCUCAAGCUGGGAACUGGGAGUGGUGGGCUGGCGCUGCUGGGCAUCUGGUUCAACAACAAGGGCUGGCAUGCCAUGGUGGCCUUUGUCAACCGAGCCAACAACGCUCUGCUACGUGCCCGCCUGCUGCCAAGCCCUGCCCACCAUGCCCACAGUAUCACCACGCUCAAUCACCCCCCUGAACCUCACCAAGGAGCAGCUGUCUGA